GAGGAGGAGGAAGGAGGCGAGGAUGGGGUCGGUGGAGCCGGCGGCGGCGGCGCCUCCCCAGGACAGCAGCCUGCGUGAGGAGACGGCGCCCGGCUCGUCCCGGGCGAGGCGCAUCGCGGCGCCCCAACCGCCCUCCAUCGAGGACUUCGCCAUCGUCAAGCCCAUCAGCCGAGGCGCUUUCGGCAAGGUCUACCUGGGCCGCAAAGGGGGGAAGCUGUACGCUGUCAAGGUAGUAAAAAAAGCUGAGCUGAUCAAUAAGAAUAUGGUCCAUCAGGUGCAGGCAGAGAGAGAUGCCCUGGCUCUCAGUAAAAGUCCUUUCAUUGUGCACUUAUACUACUCACUUCAGUCUGCCAACAAUGUCUACUUGGUAAUGGAGUAUCUCAUUGGUGGAGAUGUUAAAUCUCUUCUUCACAUAUACGGCUAUUUUGAUGAAGAAAUGGCAGUGAAGUAUAUUUCUGAAGUAGCAUUGGCUCUUGAUUACCUUCACAGGCAUGGGAUAAUCCACAGAGACCUGAAGCCAGACAAUAUGCUGAUAUCAAAUGAGGGUCACAUUAAGUUGACAGACUUUGGUCUCUCCAGAGUUACUCUGAAUAGAGAGAUAAAUAUGAUGGAUAUUCUCACUACACCAUCCAUGUCUAAACCCAUGCAAGACUAUUCACGUACUCCUGGACAAGUGCUGUCUCUCAUCAGUUCCUUGGGUUUUUAUACCCCAGCGGCAGGGACAGUGCAUGCACCUAGUCCAAGCCCUCUUUGUGGAAAUACACCUCAGCUUUCUCAACGAUUUGUUUCCCCGCUAUCCGUGAACCACAAAGACUACAGUUCUGUGUCAAACAAGCUACUGAAAGCAUGUUUUGAUUCUGCGGCUGUAACACCAGGAAUGCCUGUGAGGAGUCUGACCCCAACUCUGCAUCAGUGCAGGAAAAGGUUUGGGACCUCCAGCGCCAGUAGCCAUUCCCGCACCCAAUUAUCUAGCAUGGAGUCAGAGUGCUGCAGCAGCCCCAGGUGGGAGAAAGACGUGCAGGAAGCAGAAGAUAUACUCUCAUCUGCCCCAGGCAAAGAGAAUGUUCCAGAGAAGGCCAAGGAUACACAUUUUCUGCUUGUCAAUGAUGCUAAAGGCUUAAAGCAGAAAAUGCUGGAGUCUGUCAUCUCCCCUAUUAGCAGGAAUGACUCUGGGAACAGGCGCAAAGGACGGAUUGGACAUUUUGACUCAUGUGAUACUUCUAUAAGGACUAGCGCUAUUAAAGACCUCGCCCGGAAAUGUCUUUCAGAAUAUAAAGAAUGGGAAGAAAAGGGCUGUACAGAACAACCUGAUCUGACUAAGAAGGUUGCAAAAUCUAGUUACCACUUGUCCCCUUUGGCCUUGGGCAGUCUUGUGGGGGAUAAGAAGGAGGAGACAAUGCUGGAGAUGCGAGGUGUCAAAAGAUCUUUUGAAUCAAUUGACACCAGUCCUUCACAAGAACUGAUCCUUGCCAAAAAAAGCAGUGCAGAAUACAAACGGGGCUGUAAAAUUCCAGAGAAACAAAGCACAGGUUUAACAACUGAAAUCUGUUCUUUAAAACUUGAUGGACGUCUGCAAGAGACCUGUACAAAUGAAGCUCAAGCAAAAGACUGCUGUUGCACUGAACAAAACAGGGGUGGCAAACCAGCCAAUCCUCUAAUAGCAAAGAAUCUCAUGCGUGAUCUAGAUGCAGAUUGUGAAAAAAAUGAUAAAAAGGAACAAAUGAAUUCCAGUUUCUUAUGCAUUGAUGAUGAAAAGUCUUUAGCAAGCAUGAGUGUAGACUCGGAUCUAUCCCUUCGAGAAGUAUCUACUGCAGAGAGUCACUUGGAAAAGCGCCUUUCCGAUUUCGAUGGAAGCAUUAAAGAACUCACCUUUGAGGAGCUAAAAACAGAGAACAUGUCAACAACAUCACCUUAUUGCUCAGAUGACUUGCCAAGAAGUGAAGAAGUACAUGCUGUCCAGGAGAGCAAACCAUUGCAUCAUGAGCAGGACAAAAACCUGAAAGGUGUCACUGAAAUGCACACUGACAUUCACUGCUCUUCAUCUGUGGAGAUGAAGGCACUGAAACACUUAAAGAAAAAUGUGGUUGCUUUUCGGAGUUACAACAGUCAGAUCAAUGUGUCUAAUACAUCUGAGCCGUCAUCGAGAAUUAGCUGGAUGACUGUAGAAGGAAUGGAUCUCUCUGCUUGCAGUGGCUCUUAUCCCAUGACUGUUACACCUGCACAAAAGGGAGCACCUUACAGUGUAUUUCAGACCCCUCAAGGAAACAGUGGUACACCAUACAGGACCCCCAAGAGUGUCCGAAGAGGAGCUACUCCAGUAGAGAGAGAACGCAUUUUAGGAACCCCUGACUACUUGGCACCUGAGCUCCUCUUAGCAAAGGCUCAUGGUCCUGCAGUAGACUGGUGGGCACUUGGAGUUUGCUUGUAUGAGUUUUUAACUGGAAUUCCACCAUUCAAUGAUGAAACACCACAACAAGUAUUCCAGAAUAUUCUGAAAAGGGAUAUUCCAUGGCCUGAAGAUGAAGAGAAAUUGUCAGAUGGUGCUCAGAAUGCAAUAGAAGUUCUUUUAACCAUUGAGAGCAGUAAGCGAGCUGGACUCAAGGAGCUGAAACUUCACCCCCUCUUUCAUGGUGUGGACUGGGAUAAUCUGCAUAAUCAGACCAUGCCCUUCAUACCGCAGCCAGAUGAUGAAACAGAUACUUCCUAUUUUGAAGCUAGGAAUAAUGCUCAGCAUCUAACAGUAUCUGGAUUUAGCUUGUAGUAUGGGAAAAUGGAAUUAUUUUGCAGUGAACUGCACAUUUAAGAAGCUUCCUUAACAUAAGUUUUACUCUCUAUUUUCUAACACACUUAAGUUUUUUAAAAACCUGAUUUGCUUUUAACUCUCUAUAUAUAUUUCUUACAAGCUGUAUUGAAACCAUUCAUUCCAAACAGCUUCUGAACUAUAUUUUUAGUCUACUUACAGCACCUUAUGUAAGUCUUUAAGUAUUAUGUAUUUAAUGGUGGUAUAACACAGUGACACUGAACAAAACGUCAAACGUUAGGAGGAAGAGCUGCUUUGUCGUUGAGCAUACCUGGGAGGUUAAGUGCAUAGUGAUUGUUUUGGCGCCUCCAAUUCAGCCACUUUACAGACUGAAUUCAAAACUGGUUUUCUGACCUUUCAAGCUGUGCCUGUAGAGCAGCCCAAAGAGGCUCGCAUCCCAUUGUUUUCCACAUACUUUAGGUAAUUUGUAUACUGCCUGCCCUGCUGCUUAAGCUGCCAAUGUACUAAAUUAUCUCUAAUGUCAUUGUCAAGGUCUGUUUCUCCCACCCACCUUACCUAUGAACACCAAUGCCAUCAAUCAGCCUAUUAUCUAUCUAGUCAACUGUCAUUUUAUUUUUUGUAUUGUUUCCUGUCUUUAAUUCAAAAUAUUAUCAUGUUCAAAAUGAAGCUGUCAUCUGAAUUAUCUAGCAGUCAUUACAGAGGUUAUCCCACCUGUAUAAUGCCAGUUUUCUACCUGUAGGCAAUAUGAGUAAUUCAGCAAUUAACACCUGCCUACAUACUGCUGCCAGUAAAUGCAAUAAAUAAAUGAUAAAGGUGUGAAGUUAUUCAUUGAUCUUAACAGCCCAGAAUAAAUGAUUACACAAUA